AUGAUUUCCCGGAGUCUUCUCGCCCUUGCCCUCACGGCAACCGUCUACGGUCACGGAGACCAUGACCAGAAGUCCAUGUCUGGACCUCACCAGUCUCUCUGGUACACCACUCUGCCGGGUGAUGGCGGUACUCAGGCCGACUCUGUGUUCUCGGGCAUUUCCACCUUCGGUCGUUUGCCUUACCAGCCGUGUCUGGCGCAGGGCAACGUCCAGUACGAUAUUGCCUUCAUUGGUGCUCCCUUCGACACUGGUACCUCCUACCGCCCCGGUGCUCGUUUCGGACCUUCCGGUAUCCGUCAAGGCUCUCGUCGCCUGAACCUCUACGGAGGGUACAACGUCCCCUUGGACACGAACCCUUUCAACAGCUGGGCUACCGUCCUCGACUGUGGCGACAUCCCCGUGACCAGCUAUGACAACACCUGGGCUCUUCACCAGAUCGAGGAGGGCCACUUCAACAUCCUGACCCGCAAGCCUGCCACGGAUGCGGCGAAGAAGGGCCCGGCCAAGAACUCGCGGACUCUGCCCCGUGUCAUCACCCUCGGCGGUGACCACACGAUCACCCUCCCCCUGCUGCGCUCCAUCAACCGUGCCUACGGUCCCGUGUCCGUCAUCCACUUUGACAGCCAUCUCGACACCUGGCGCCCCAAGGUCUUCGGCGGCUCGCCUUCCGAGGUCGCCAGCAUCAACCACGGCACCUACUUCUACCACGCCUCCCAGGAGGGCCUUCUCCGCAACGACUCCAACAUCCACGCCGGCAUCCGCACCACGCUCAGCGGCCCCAGCGACUACGAGAACGACGGCUACUGCGGCUUCGAGAUCGUCGAGGCCCGCGAGAUCGACACUAUCGGCACCGACGGUAUCAUCAAGAGAAUCAUCGACCGCGUCGGCACCAAGAACCCCGUCUACCUGUCUCUGGACAUUGACACCCUCGACCCCGCCUUCGCCCCUGCUACUGGUACCCCUGAAACUGGCGGUUGGUCUACUCGUGAGCUUCGCACUAUUCUGCGUGGACUUGAAAGCCUCAAUCUGAUUGCUGCGGAUAUCGUCGAGGUCGCUCCUGCGUACGACACCAACGCCGAGCACACCACCAUGGCCGCUGCCGACGCUCUGUACGAGAUCAUGAGCAUCAUGGUCAAGCGCGGACCCCUCAGCGCCAUGGUCAACGAGACCGAGUCUGCUUCGGAGGAGUUGUAA